CUCAGUCAUAAUCUCAACGAGUACUCCGCGAGUGCUGACGCUCAGCACGGACUCCCACUCCUUACUUUGUUAUUCCACUUCCUCUACAUCCAUUGUUACAGACAUACGGUUACUCGAUUGCGCCUUGGACGCGUUUCGCACUCUCUUUCUCCCCCCCCACCACCCACAUCGACCGCAGCCAUGGCUUCCGUCACCAGCUUGGAUCACGACAUGCGCAAGUUGCGCUUGGAUCGAUAUACGCCCGCCGCUGCCAAUCAAGUCCGAUCAUGGAUUGAGGAUGUAUUAGGAGAACCUCUGGCUCCAGGCGACUUGAUGGAUGCGCUGAAGGAUGGUGUCGCCCUAUGCAAACUCGUCAUUCGCGCCGGAGCAUCCAGUGUCAAGUAUAAGCAGUCAAACAUGCCAUUUGUCCAGAUGGAGAACAUCUCUCACUUUUUGCGCGCAUGCGAAAUGCCGCCACUGAGUCUCCCCUCUCAUGAUCGCUUCCUCACAGUGGAUCUUUAUGAUGGCAAAGACCCCGCCCAAGUUCUACAAUGCCUUGCUGCAUUCAGUCGGAAAGCAAACCAAAUCAAUCCUUCAGCAUUCCCCAACACCCUCGGCGCAAAGAGCAAGUCCGCCAUGAGCCCCCAGGGCACCGGCUCGAGCAGCACACCCAGAUCUCCUGCUUACAUGACAAACUCACCUGCCCUCCGGCCGCGUGGAACUAGCACCAACACCCCAGAGCCUCCAUCUAUUGCCUUCAACCCACUUAACAGAGCUGCAUACUCGGGCCGUAUCAGUCCCUCCAAACCCGUGCCCCCUGCAAGUUCACUUGCGAGGGGUGGCCUGGCUACCGGUGGCUCAGUCAGCUCAUGGAGUAAUAAGACAGACGAAGGCAAGACUGCUCCUGCCUGGAAUAUUCACCAGUAUGGCUAUAUGGGCGGGGCAAGCCAAGGGAAUCAAGGCAUCGCGUUUGGUGCUCGCAGACAAAUCACGUCUCCGGCUCCAAAAGUCCCGAGCGUCGCCGAGAAGGAGAAGCGCUUGCGUGAGGAGGAAGAGCAGAAACGACAAGCGGAAGAAGAGUACCAACGUGCUCAAGCCGCACAACGGGAGGCAGAGGAGGAACUGGCCAGAUUGGAGGAAGAACAACGCUGGCUUGCCGAAACUCAACGACAGAAGGAGCGGGAGGCCGAAGAGCGGCGUGCGGCCGAACGAGCGCGAACACAAGAAGAGGAACGCGUGAGACUCGAGGAACAGCGCAGGCAACAGCGUGUCUAUGACCGUGAACGUGAACGCGAAGCACAGGACCAAGCCGAACGAGAGGCUGCCAGCUCCCGCAAUCGUUCUAGAGCGACAAGUGAUGCCAGGCUGAAUGGUCAAUUCUUGAGCCAGUAUCAAUCGAGCCAGCUCGCUAGCCCACCACCCCCGAGCACAAGCCCUGGCCUCCCCCAAGAAACACCAGAGGCUAGGCGUAUCGCCGAGUUGGAGCGCCAACUUGAGCAGAUGCGCUCUCAAUCUCGGCGAACUGGCGCAUCCUCUAUCCAAAUUCCCGACCCAGAACCGAUAUCCUCCAAUACACCAUCGCGAUCGCCUGGGCCAACGAGUCACGAGGAUGACUGGGCAAGCUCUGAGCGAGACUACCUCAAGUCCGAGUGGCAAAAAUCACAGGAUCAUUCAAGUAUCUCCCCAGUCCCGGCGACCUCUCGACCUCUUCCAGACCCGUCGACAUAUAAGUCGUCCUCCGCCACCACCAAUCGCACUGAUCGCUAUCUCAACUCCAACACGGCCCCGACUUCACCACCUCCAAGUCAGCACCGUUACCAAGACUACUCGACCACCCAUGAAGUCGACCUUGAGAAUCAACGACGGCUCCAAUCUCAGCAAAAGACCAAGGCAGGCGCCUGGGCGAGCAAAUCACUCCUGGAGCGGGAGAUGGAGCGUGAACGUGAGCGGCAACGAGAAUGGGAAGAAGGCCAGAAAGCCACGGCGGAAGCGGCGAGGGAUCUCAAGCAAGGUUCAGGUCCGGGGCAGUCAUGGGAUGUCCAUCAAUAUGGCUACAUGGGUGGCGAUAACCAGAACCGAGGAGGAACUGGACUAGGUGUUGGUGGGCCAAGAAGGCAGAUUAUUGGACCACGACCACCGCCAUGAUCAAGAGAUCUAACCCAUCAUCAAAUUCAAGCGUGAUGCCGUUGACCAAGAUGAAGUUAUGAACGAGAUAUAGAGUAUUCUGAUUCGACAUGGUUACAAUUGCACAAGUGACAACAUGGGCGGGACGAGUGAGAUUGAACAUUGGAGCCAUACUUCUUUGUCUAUAGAUGAUGAUGAUGAUGAUGAUUUCUCCGCUGUCGUUGGUCGUGGCAUAGUUAGCGUUGCAUACAUAACAUUACAAAUGUACACAACCACCGCAAUGACCUCGGUCAUAGCUGUGCGAAAAAACC